UUAAGUGGUCAAGCCACCAAUCAGGGCUCUGCCCCCUUGAGUUCAGGGUGGGCUAGGGGUAUAAAAGCUCCACAGCAUUUUCCAUCCACGAUUCAGAUUUACGGGAGAGCACAGAGAACUGUCGAGACUGUCUCACCCUCCUUCUCUUUCACACUGCUCUAUUAUUCGGGCACAAUGCAGGCACGGACAUUGGUUGUUCUCCUGAACCUCAUUUUUAUGGCUGUCACUCUUUCUGCACCAAUAAAUGAUGGCACAGACAAUGAUGAGAAAGCACAGGCACUGCUAGACUUUCUGAUUGUUCAGCCAACGAUUAGGCCUGAAAAUGGAGACUCAGGAACUACAGAUGGAAAAGACUCGGCGGAGAAAACAGAAGGCACAGCCAGUGACACAGUGGAUACAACUGAAAAGCCAGACCAGGAUGAAACCACCAGAGGUGCAGAUUCAGUGGAUUCCUCUGAAUCUGCAGUUGACAAGAAAGACUUGGACAAACCAGACUCAGCUGAUGAGAGUAAUAAAGAUCCUUCAGAGGACACGGCCGAACGAGCAUCAGCAGAAAAGAAACUAGAUGACACAGACACACAAACAGAUUCUGCUGACAUCGACUCAACCCUCAUAUCAUCCACUGAAAAGGACUCUCAAGAUACGACCUCUUCCAGUAAGGAGACUGAGUUACUGGAUGAGCCAGACAAGGAUUCUCAAGAAGCUGAAAAGCACAAGUCAGAAGUCAGCUCUGAUACAAACAAGGACAGUACAGAGCAAGAUGUGGACAAAAUCUCAGACAGAGAGGACAAGGACAAAGUUGGCAACAAAGCUGUGAGCGCUGAGGGAGACACUGUCGAGUCUAAAGACACAGAAGAUGCGGAUGAGAAAGAUUCAUCAGAAAAAAAGGACAAGCUGAGCAAACAUGAUAAUGACAAACAUGAUGAUACUGAGCGCGAGACAGCAAGUUCUUCAGGCAAGACCGAGAGCGAAGACAGCUCUGAGAAGACUGACAAAGACAGCAGUAAUGACAGUGGCAAAGAGAACGAUAAAGAGAGAGAUGAUGACAAAGAUGAGGACAAAGACAGUGAUAAGGAGGAUCGUGAAAAAGAUGAUGAGAAAGACAGUGAUGGAAAGGACGGUGAUAAAGAUGAAGACAAAGACAAAGACAAUGAUAGGGAGGACAGCGAUAAAGAUGAGGAUAAAGACGGUGAUAAGGAGGAUAGAGAUAAAGAUGAGGAUAAACACAGUAAGAAAAACGACAGCGAUGGAGACAGUGAUGGAGACAAAGACAAGGACGAUGAUGUGGACAGCAAAGACGAUGAGGAUAGUAAAGACAGCGAGAAGGACUCCAGAGAUGACAAAAGCAAUGACAAAAGCAAUGAGAAGGAACUGACUGGAGAGGAGAAAAAAGAUGACGAGACUAAGAACAAGUCUGAUGAAUCGGAGAGUGAAUCUCAGCCAGGCUCGUUGGACUCGUCAAGCAAAGAAGACAGCCAGGAUGGAGAGAGGAGCAGUAUUGAGUCCACUGACAAAGACAGCUCAGACAGUACAGACCAUGCUGACAAGGACAGCACCGAGAAAGAUGGAGAAGUUUCAGACGUCAGUGCCAAUAGUUCGGACAUUGAGACUCCUGAUACAACAUCACUGGAAACAGCUGAGGACUCACAGGGUGACUCCAGUGAUGAACAUGACCCCGAUGACUCCAGAGAUGCAACCGAGUCGAAAUCGCACGAGGACACCACCGAUGAUGUCACAGAUGUAGACACAACUGAUGAAGAUCAUGAUACAGAUAUUGAUGAUGACACACUGCAGAACAAUGCUGAGGCAAACCCAUCAGAUGUACCCGACCAGCCAGAUCAUCUAGAUGACACACCACAAGGUUCUCUUGUUGGUAGCAAUAAUGCUUCUCUAAGCUCCUAGCGCUUGGAAUAUCAGCGGAUGAAACAGUUUUACAGGGUCACUGUGGUGAAACACUAAAAGAGAAGCAACUGAAGUCACUGUGCUAACCAGUCGUUCAAUUCCCCAUUAACACUGACGUUCCCUCUGAUGAAGAGUUGUUGGAUGGAAAAUAAAUUAUACUAUGUGGUCAUGUUCUGUUCACACUUUCACAAGUCAUAAUUCUAAACCUGGGGAAAAAAACAGCAUUUUUCCGUUUUUUGGUUUCGUUUUGUGAAUAAAAGUUAGUAGAGGUUCAAAUAUUUCUUUUUUAUUCAAACCUAGAAAGUUUGGAACUUAGCAACUAGUCACAAAUAUAAUGUUUGUAUGUUUGUUCUACACACUUCAAGACAAAAAUCAACAAUCAUUGCCUAUUUUCCACAAUGGUGUGGCCCUAGCUUUAAGACAUGUAUUUUGUCUAUCUGACCGCUCCAUCUUCUAGUUUGACACUAUUCUCCUUAACCUUAGCCAAACAUUGUACAGCUAAACAUCAAAUGCAAAUGACACCUUGGUAUUGAAAAAACAUUUCAAUGUUACCUGCAGUAAUAUCUGUGUACAGACAGUGCUGUUUAACUGUACCUUAAUUCCAUAUCUCUGGAGGUAUAUUAAACAAUGUUGUAGUGAUAUAACAACACAGGAAUCCAGAGAUGUAUAGUGUAAUUAAUGUCACGUAAAUGUGCACAUGGGGAGCAAUUCUAAUAAAAGAAAUGAGUCAGACAAAG